UUACUUUACUCUCGUACAUUGCUUCAAUCAACAAUCUCAUAUGCUAGCAAGCCAUGCGUCAUUCUACUGAAUCUUUUGACCGGCUGUGGGGAGGCAAAGGCAGCAAUUCCUCUAUUGUGUAGUUUGAAGGAUCCUAAGUUCCCCAUGGCUCCAAGAACACAUGCAUCGCUUGCAUGCGCCUGCCCAUGUUCAAGCUAGUAUAUCCAGUCAUGUCAUUGAACGUCCUGGCCUCUGGCCAACGGUAGACGUUACCGCGCAAGAAGUAGGAUCUUGACCUUGGUCGUCUCCGUAACAUCUCUUGAUCCCGGUCUGUGGGUGCGGGCUCCGCUGAUGCUUGAUUAAAAUCAUGAGCCGGGCCGCUUGCAUGCAUUCCCAUCAGAGCGACUGUCUGUCUUGCUUCUCUGAGAGAGCGGCCGGUAUGCUAGGCUUUGCCAUGCUGAGGUAUGAUGCCAUUGCUCGAUAAUUGCUAUACAUAACCACUAAGCUUUCAUGAGCAGGCUUGGAUACUAGUCUUGCUAUCAUGAGAACACCAGUCGGCGUCGAUAGCCAGACUUCACUAGGAGCAAUUUCCACCUGGACUAAGUGAACAUACCAAAGGUGAAUGGCUCGGGGUGAGAUUCGAGUGAAUCAUCCAAAAGAUGCAACAGACCGUUGCCCCGGGUUCCUACAUACACGUCAACGUCCUUCAUGUGCGGACCUUUACUCCGUUUGCUCUGCCUGAUGCCUGAUCAAGCACUCGACGAACACACACUCCUGAGCCCACGCCCAUCAUUUUCCUUCAUCUUGGGACCCGAAUACGCCUCUGUUUAUCCUGGCGUCCGUUUGUUGCCAUUCUUUUCAACUUGACCGCCUCGCCUCAGCCUUGGACUUACUUCCCCUCCUUCCAAAAUACUCAAGCGGCUCGCACUCUCUUUUUUCUCGACCUGGUUUUCGAUUUUCUCAAGCUUGCCAGUCACAAGGUGGAAUUCAGCAGCUCUACUUCCAGGUGCCUUCCAACUGCAGGGUGUUCGAGAUUUCAAAUUGUGAGUACCUCACUCUCGCCCACAACCUGAUCAAACCUUCAUGUUCUCAUCUUCAAAUCAUCAGAUACAGCAAGAAAAGGCAUCCAUCCCAACAUCAGCUCUCACCAUCGCUCAUCCCCAAAGCUCCAACAUGGUCGUCCCGACUGACCCCAAACUGCUCUCCAUUCUCGCCGACAGAGGAGGCGUCAACCUCAGACAGCUCGAGGUUAGAUACCGCGAGUACGUCGACAAGAUGAUUCCCAACGUCUUGUGGGGAGCCAAACCCUCCAGCGUCGACCUCAUUCACCCUCUCGAGCCCUUCAUCGCUCGCCGCGCCUACAAGCUCACCUUUGACGAGCCUCCCAAGCCCGGCGUCCCCACGCAGCUCAUCCUCGACGUCAAGUUAGGCCCCAGCCCUAUAAACGCUAGCGUCUUUGUCAACAUCACCAACCCCGUCGGCAAUGUCUCCACGUUCGAUGCGGCCGGCCGUUGCCAGGAGAUUGCCCGCUCUUGGCUCCCGGGUCUGGUCCCCCGCGUCAUCCGUGUUGGUGUCUACGAGACGGAUGAUGGCGAUGUCGAUUACAUCGUGACAGAGCACAUCCCCAACACAGUGACCCUCGACAAGGUCUGGUCCUCCCUCACUCCCCAGUCUCAGGACCGCAUCAUGGGCCAGCUCGUCACUGCACUGGAAACCCUCCAGAAGGAACACGGAUUCUCUGAGAAGGAUAUUGAAGAGGCGCUCAGGGCCGUCGAUGUGUCCGGCAACAUCGACUACACCGCCCCCGUCGUCCUCAACGGUCCCAAGACCCCCGAGCCGAUCCCCCUGGACCAACUCCCCGCCUGGCCUCCGCAGUUCACCUCGCUGAAGCGCGUCUGCCUCCUUCUCCAGCGCUACGCCAAUGAGUUUCGUCCCGCCCGCGGCCACCUCCCAGCCACCACCUUUACAGAGCACGAAGACGGCAGCUUCUGCAUCAAUUUCUUUGGCGCGAAUCAUCUAAUGGACGCCCAAUUUCUCACGUGCAGAGAGAUCCAGGAGCUCAGCAAGGCUCUCGUCCUCUGCCACAUGGAUCUCGAGCCCCGCAACAUUCUCGUCAAGCUCGUUGAGAAGCCCGCCAGCGAUUCCGCCGACGGCAAGCCCGAGAAGGAACUCCAGCUGGCCGGCAUCGUCUCCUGGCAAAAGGCUGCUUUCGCCCCCUUCUCCAUGGAGCGAGGCCUCAAGGACGCUUUGCUCGGCUGCCAGUUCAACUCGGACUACGCGUGGUACAGGCUCUUUGUCGAGCGCACCAUGCACCUGAUUCCCGAUCGAUCCUCCAAUGCGAACGAGCAUGUGCUGGCGGCCAUGGUGAGCAUGCGAUUCGCCGCUCGUGCGCUGGACUGUAACUACACGACGACGGCCCACCAGCAGCAUUUCUAUGCCAUGGAGAAGAUUACCAUGACCUCAAACCGAAAGGAAGGAUGGGUCAGAAUGCCUGGCGCCCAGGACCAUGAGUCGCCUUCGGACUUGGAGUACCGAGAGAUGGGCAAUGGUCUCGUUCGCAAGCUGCUCUAUAACCACUUUCAGACAAUUCCGAGACACAGCUGGCCACAGAGGAUUGUGGAUGCCUUUGCCCAGUAUGGUGCUUGAGCUGUCGAUUCUCGGACAAUCUUUGUCGGGCUGCGAUUACCGAGGAAAGCUACGUUCGUCUGAUGACAUUAGGAUCCAGAGGGAACAUCCCUUCACUCUUGGGCAGUGCAAAUGUUUGCAGAAGAAAACAAAGAUAGUUCUCGGCCAUCACCUGCUUUGUGUCCUGGAAGGAACGUCAUCUUUCCGCUGAAAGUGCAUGGGGCGUGGAACUGAUAUGAGGGUUAUCGGCAUGGUAUCAGGAGGAAAUAAACGCGCCUAGCAGGCUAGCAGACAACUAGGUCUAGACAGCCUCUUGUUCAAUCGAUUUCUCAUGACAAUGCUUUUGCGCCUUGUUCGUUGCCGUCCUGUGCUCAUGGUUGGUUGGCAUCUCAUUGUCUUUGACAUGGCGGGGCAUGGAGCCGAACAUUAGGAGUGAAUCUCGUGCUUACUAAGCCGAGUAUCUGCUUCAUCAGGGGUCAAAGCUCUGGGGACACUCUGAAUCUCUUGGUCAUACCAAAUUGCAC